AUGUCGGACGAGCUAGCUUCCACACUUGCUUCCUUUCAGGAGUUCAUGGCCGGAGUCAGUAGACGCUUGGAUCAGAUAGAGAGUUCUCGCCAGGAUCCUCAUCCGGCUGGCAUGGUCACUGACGAGACGAUUCCUCAUGCACAAGAGGGGAAAGAGUGCAUGAAAAGUAGGGGACAGAGGGUUCUCCCAAUUUUCUACAACGUGGAUCCAUCAGAUGUUCGGAAACAGAGGGGUAAAAUUGGAGAAGCAUUUGCCAAACAUGAAGAGAACUUGGAGAAUAUGGAGAGGGUGAAGGUUUGGAGGGAGGCUGUCACUCAAGUUUCAAAUUUAUCCGGCUGGGAUUCUCGGAAUAAGUAA